AUGUCCCCUCGUAUGCCCCGGAAGCUUUCCCAGCUUCCCCUGACGACAAUCUGGGCGUCUCAAUUCCCGACUUCUUCCAUCCGCAGCAGCCAAUUGUCCAUCACCUCAGUCCGCUCCUUCGGUAUCCGGUCCUUGAACCCCCCGGAGACUUCGCGCUUCAACGUCAGCCAUGACCUGCCCGUGCUGAAAUCGACACCCACCGCCGCCCUCGAGCGCAAGGCCAACACCCUUCCCCUGCGGACCGGUGCCAUCACCUUCAAGAAGGGCAUGACCGCCCUGUAUGACCCCGAGACCGGCAAACGUGUUCCCUGCACCGUGCUGCAGCUCGAUCGAGUCGAAGUCGUCUCGCACAAGACUCGCCAGAAGCAUGGAUACUAUGCUGUUCAGCUGGGUGCUGGAUGGAGGCGUCCCGAUAACUUGACCAAGUCCCUGCUCGGUCAUUUCACUGCCAAUGGCAUCUCGCCCAAGCGUCAUGUCUAUGAGUUCCGGGUUAAGGAUGAGAGCGGGCUUUUGCCUGUUGGGCAGACUGUCAGUGCGGACUGGUUUCAGGAGGGACAGUUCGUUGAUGCGAGGUCUGAUACGAAGGGUAAGGGCUUCGCGGGUGUUAUGAAGAGACAUGGUUUCGGUGGUCAGGAUCGCAGUCACGGUGUAUCCUUGACGCAUCGUUCGCUUGGUUCCGCUGGUCCUAGUCAGGGUGGUGGUUCUCGUGUUUACCCUGGAAAGAAGAUGGCGGGUAACAUGGGUAAUGAGCAGAACACGGUUCAGAAUCUGAGGAUUUUGAAGGUGGACGCUGAGAAUGGAAUUGUUGUGGUCAAUGGAUCCGUCAGUGGUCCCAAGGGCUGCGUUGUCCGGAUACAGGAUGCUAUUAAGAAGCCGUGGCCGGAAGCUUCCCCUGCGACUACUGAGGCUUCUGAAUAA